GUGGUACAUACAUGAAAACAACUCCCUGUCGAAAGGUACAGUAGAGCACUGUUCGUGUGUCUUGACCAUUGGACCUUCAAUAAAUACACGGAGGCUUACAUUAGGUUUUGUUCCACCGACGCUGAUUUAUCUAGAGAGAGAGAGAGCCUGUGUGCUUCGACGCCGGUCGGUGGGUAGCUGUGUGAGUCAGUCUGGCCGGGAUCUGACGCCGAUAUCGCCGGAAAACAUGUCUUCCGGCAGGUACAUGGCGUACUCACCCUCGCCCUCCGCUCCUCACUCUCCUCACCUCGGCGGCCUUCUCUCCGCCUCCACCGCCAUCGUUGAGCAAGAAAAGUAUCUCUCUGAGUUAUUGGCAGAGCGUCACAAACUCAGUCCAUUUGUGCCUGUGCUUUCUCAUAUCUAUCGGUUGCUGAAUCAGGAAAUAUUGCGUGUAACCACAUUGUUGGGGAAUGCAUCAGUUUUAGAUCAAAGUGGGCUUGAACAUGCUAGCCCCCUGGCUUCAGGAGGACUAUUUUCAAAUGGAGGAGCUAAUGUGAACAGAUGGGCUGCACAGUUUCAUUCAGAAAUCUCAGGUUUGAGGCAGCCCUCAUCUGCGCAAAACUGGCUUGGUUCUCAAGGUAGCUCCUCUGGUCUUAUAGUGAAAAGAACGAUCAGGGUUGAUAUUCCAGUGGACCAAUUUCCUAAUUUUAAUUUCGUUGGGCGCCUCCUUGGUCCUAGAGGGAAUUCUCUCAAGCGCGUGGAAGCUAGUACCGAGUGCCGUGUUCUGAUCAGAGGACAUGGUAGUAUCAAGGAUCCUGCCAAGGAAGAGAUGAUGAGAGGAAAACCAGGGUAUGAGCACCUGAAUGAACCCCUUCAUGUACUUGUUGAGGCAGAAUUGCCGGUUGAGAUAGUGGAUGCUCGUCUAAUGCAAGCUCGUGAGAUACUCGAGGAUUUGCUCAAGCCCAUGGAUGAAUUUCAGGAUUUUUAUAAGAAACAGCAGCUACGGGAGCUUGCAAUGCUCAAUGGUACAUUCCGUGAGGAAGGUUCACAAAUGUCUGGUUCUGUGUCCCCCUUCCACAAUAACCUUGGUAUGAAGAGGGCCAAGACUAGGGUGUGAUGAUUGAUGAAUCCCCAUGAUUAGUGGGCUUUUGGAGCUUAUUUGGUGGGUCUAUUAUGCCAUUAGACAGCAGUUCUCACGGGACAGGUGUUGCUAUGCCAACCAAUGCCUCCAACUGCUAUCGGAGCACUGGCAUGAUUAUGUGCCAGUUCUAACAUAUUUUAUAUGAUACGAGGUGUGUUUAUUACUACGGGAAGGUUUAGUUGCAGUCCCGUAGGAAAGACAAUUCGAGGCUUGGGGUUUGAUGAAGUUUGUUUCUAUUGCCACAUAGAUUGGCUCUUGUAUUACUGGAUUCAUUGGAAGCUUGUGAGUUGUGAUGGGAGUUUUGCUACAGUGGGGAUUUCUGUGGGGAUGUAAGGUAUGAUAUGUAUAUGUGAGUGAGGCGAAUAGAGGUCUACCCUGUUGCUUUCUUGUCUUGUCAUCUGGUUGGAGUUUUUGUACUUCGAAGUGUAGUAAAGCUACUUUAGACCUGUAAUGAAGGUAUUUGUUUUUCUGCUUGAUCCUUUAAUAACAUUGCCUUUUGAAUGCAAUUGGAAAAUUAUUCUGUUGCGACUUGGACAGGGCAUGGAAUCAGUAGACUCACUCUCACUGUAUUUGCUGAUGUAUGCUUCAUACAUCUCGAACUGGAUUGACGUCUUCAAACCACUGUAAGAAACUUAGUUGUAUUUUGAGGACAGAAUGUUGUUAGAUUCUUCUUACUACUUACUUUCCUCAUGUUUAUGUUCCCAGUAAGAUGCCAAG